AAAAAUUCAUUCAUUCCUCUCAGCUGAUUUGCCAAACAUAAACAAAUUGGAGUAUUAUGAAUUAUUCUUUAAAGCAUUUCUGAAAGAUAAGAAUUUCUGAGCUUAUUUUGUGAGCGGAGAGUGUCGUGAUACGUGAAGAAUCUUUCUGUGAAUUGUGCGUGAGAUGGAGUGCGUGAAUGUGUCAGGAAAGUGCCGGGCGUGUCGUAUAAAGACGCAGAAGGAAUUCCAAAUUCCCAUCUUUGCCACAGAAAAUCUCCAGCUGAUCUUCCACGAAGCUACAUCACUUGAGAUUCACGAGAAUGAUGGACUUCCGGGAAUAAUCUGCGAGGAUUGCCACAAACGCCUUUUGGAGGCUCAUGAAUUCCGUCAAAUGUGCGCCUCAUCUGCCCUAGUAUUCCGGCAAAUUAUUUCUGGGGAUGGUGAUAAUGAUUUUGAGGAGAAAUAUAAACCUCCGGAGGUUGUAGGUGUUCCGAGUGAAGAGGAAGUAAAGCUUCCUGACCAAGAUGUUCCUUUAGUCAAUGCUAGUAAAUCUCUGGUUAGUUCAAAAAUCACAAAAACAAAUAAGAGAUUUAAAAAAUCAAAAAUAAAUCCUGUAAAGGAUUUGAAAGGGAAGUUAUUAAAGAAAGGAAGAAUUUCAAAGAAUAUUCCUUCGAAUGAUAAAGUCCAGGCAAAGGAUGCAAAGCACAAAAAGAAAUCCCCAAAAAAACUUCCUGUUGCAGUCAAAGUAAAGAUGAAGAAGCAACGAAAUGCUGAUCUGCCAAAAUGCACUCCUGGCUGUGAACUAAAGUGCAAAGACUGUGGGAAGGUGUAUACAAAUAAGUCUAGUCUAAGGACACACCGAAAUACCAUCCACAGGGGUUUUGAAGCUGCAAAAUGUGACAUCUGCGGCAGGGAAUUUCAGCGUCAUGAGCUACUUCGAAACCAUAUGGCUCGAUUGCACGGAGCCAAAGAUAUGCUAAAGUGCACGGAAUGUUUUAGAGUAUUCAGGACGGAUGAAGGUCUUGUGAAGCACAUGAAAGAAUGGCAUGAUCCGGAGAAUCCCAAAGAGAAGCCCAAAAAUCAUAUUUGUGAAUUCUGCGGAAAAGCUUUUGCGUGCGCCACGCAUCUUCAGGAGCACACGAGUACACAUUCAGGAAUAAAGCCACAUAAAUGCACAGUGUGUUCACGGGAUUAUUUAACGAAGCACCAACUAAAGGUACACACAAUGCGCUGCCACGAUGGGAUUAGAAAUCACGUUUGUACAAUCUGUGGUGCCCAGAAGGCAACUCUGAGGGAAUUGCAGCUCCACAUGAAUCAGCACAGCGAAGAAAGGAUAACUUGCGAGCAAUGUUCCAAGAGUUUCAUCAGUCACGCAAAUCUCAAUUUGCACGUGAGGACAGUUCAUCAGGGUAUUAAGGCUUACACAUGUUCUCACUGUGGUCAGAGCUUUGCUCGUCCCGGAACUCUCAAGCAUCACGUGAUGACGCAUACAGGUGAAAAGCCACACGCGUGUGAAGAAUGCGGAAAGAGAUUUAUUCAACUCACAGCACUUAAUAGCCACAAGAGGACUCACAGCAAAUUGAAGUGAUAGAAAAUGAAUAAAACAAUAUUUUCUUCUGUACAA